UUAUCAGAAUAUUGUUCUCAUUUGGUAGAUUCUAUUGUUUAUUUUAUGAGUUCAGAUAUGCGGCAACAUUUAAAAUUUCCAAGAUGGCGAACCUUAGUUCGCUGUGGUAUUUUCUGGGAGUAUAUUUCAUACAGCUAGGUUUAGGAGAUAAACUGUCAGAGGAAGAAUGCAGAAGUCUUGGUUUCACCCCAAAUCUGAUGUGUGCCUCCUGUAAACUGCUUGAUGAAUACAAUCUCACUCCUAUAAAAGAUGGUUGUUUAAACUGUUGCCAGGAAGAUGCAAAUUCUGAUGAAGCUUUAAAGGUAUAUCCAUACGCAGAAUUACGAGUGUGUGGAUGAAAGCUGGGGAGAUAUCCUCAGGUGCAGGCCUUCGUGAAGAGCGAGAGGCCUAACCAGUUUCCGGGACUCGAGGUUAAAUAUGUCCGAGGCGCGGAUCCUGAGAUUCACCUGAUGGAUGAAGAUAGAAAUGCACGCGAAACGUUAGGCAUUGAAAAAUGGAAUACAGAUUCUAUUGAAUCAUUUUUUCAUGAACGCUUGAAAAAGUAGUGUAUGAAUGACAUUAAAGUGUGGUUGUAUGAAUGAAAAGAGUAAUUGGUUGAAGGCUGAGUAUUUGAAUGGUUCAUUGAUGGAUUGAUUUAUAAAUAGACGUAAGAAAAUAUUACUGUUAAAUUGAUCAGCUUAGUGAAAGCAUGCACAUGCUCAAAAUACUUUUUCUUGGAAAAAGUAUUCAGUUUGUUUUAACAAAUCAUUGUAGAAUAGUAAAUUACCCUUUCAGUUAAAUGCCAGUAUGUGUAAAUUGAACAUAGUUGCACAAACAACAUUUUGAUCAUUUAUUAUAUUAGAGUUGUUGUAGUACAUAGACUUAUAGACAUUAAAAAAACACAUCCAAAACAUUAUGGUAAAUUACUGUUCAAAAUGAACUUGAAGUGUGUCAGUUUAUGUGGUUUCUAAAACCAAAUACGUGAUCAUUCAAAUUUUGAAACAUUACUUUUACAUAAAUGGUUGUCAGGUAUUUUCACUGGAUAGUUAUACACGGGUAGAAAUAGUAACAGAAAAUCAGUUAUCUCUAGGCACAAACAGUAUUAGUUGAUGUAUAUCACGCCUUACAAUUUAACGUAAAUCUUAGAGAUUUAUUUGGUACUUUAAAACUUACACAUUUUAUACCCAAGUAACUUAUCAUGUGAUGUAAAAUAGUUUAGAUUGUUUCAUUAUGCAGAGCAACAAAGACAUCUUAAUGUUGCCUAUCAGUGAAUCUGCAGAUGUUGUUAUUUAAAGUAUUGUUGAAGAUGUUAUUCAUAACAUUUAUAAGCAUUUUAUAACGUUUUCUAGUUUUUUUUUUCAAAUUUUACAUUUGUAUUUUUAGAAAUUUAUUAUUGGUGUGAUGAGAUCUUGCUUUUACAAUGUACUGUACUUGUGAAGUUAACAUUUUCAGAACGAAAAUAUUUCAAUAAUCUACACACUUUAACAAUAAAUGUGUUUCAAAGUCUUGUGUUGUAACGUAAAAAGAAAGCUAUUGCUUGCAGUCUUUUUUAUGGAAGACAUGCAUAUUUGAAUCAUUUUAGUUCUACAUAUCUUUUUUUAUUAAGUAGACAAGCUCAUGUUGAUCAUGUUACUUGAGAGUGAAUGAGAAAUCCAUGUUUUUUAAGUCAUAUUGUUGUCAUUACUAAAGCAGCUGUUUCUCCAGGAAAUUCUCAUUUUCCAGUUUUGUUGUUUGAUUCACCAUUUUUAAACUGAUGCAAGCAUUGUCCAAUCAUGUUCUUGAUGACAUUCUUGCUGAAAACCUAUUGGCUGGCAGGUUUGGAUGGGCGAAUAUGAUUGGAUGAUUCAAUACUGCAUUAUGGGAAAAAUGCUGACUUGACCAAUGAAAUUGGAGAAUGGCAAUUUACUGGAAAAUAUGUUAUUUGAAGUUAUGUAAAUGAAAAAAAAAAGAUGAAGAAAUGUUA